UAAGAUUACAACAUAACAACGUUCUCCUCCAAGAUCAUCUAUAAUCACGUGACGAUUCAGGCGGUUGGAUUCCUACUUAUUUAUUGUUGACUUCCCACGAGUAUCAACUUAACGCUGAUAUGUCCUAACACUAGAAUUCAUCAACAAUACCCAACUUGCGAGAAAAUCAUUGAUAAUUCAGCCUCUGGUUAUGGCCCAUCAGGAUUCCGGGAGGCUCCAGGAGCAUGAGCUUCGCCAGCUCUUGGAAGAAGCGAGGCAAGAAAAGCGACAGGCGGAAGAAAAACAGCGACAGGCAGAAGAAGAGAAACGACAAGCAGAAGAAGAGAAACGACAAGCAGAAGGAAGACAGCGACAGGCAGAAGAAGAGAAACGACAAGCAGAAGAAGAGAAACGACAAGCAGAAGAAGAGAAACGACAAGCAGAAGGAAGACAGCGACAGGCAGAAGAGAAAAAGCAACAAACAGAAAAACAGUUGCUGCCAACUUCCCUUCCUCAAUUUUUAGAUGCAUGCCACACUUAUUUAUCUGUGGGCCUAUCCUCACGUAUAAACCACAGGACCGGAACUCAGGGGAAUCCUGAAAAUGCCGAAUCCAAACUGCGUCCAGAUAAAAUCCGAGAAUGGACCACAUUUCCCAAGGAACAGUCGCGUGUCUGGGAGGAUCUUUUUGCCACCGACUUUGUUUCGGAAGGACAUUUCACAUCCUUGCACACGCUGAAAGAAUCAAGUCAUGAGCUGCAGGUGAGAUCACUGGGCUCUGAGCUGGAUCUCCACUACUAUCAGCGAUAUACCGUUGAAGAUCGUGUGUCUAGCAUUAUUCGACAGCUACACUCCAACCAAGACCUCCGGAACCUAUUCAAUCUCAAGGGACAGAUACAAUUUGAAAACCAUGGAAAUACUUUAAGCCCUGAAAACAAAUAUACCGAGUCAGGCAUUAGCUCUUCUCAGCAGUCACCGGCGCGCAAGCGGCAUAAGAAGCUCGAUAUGGAUACCCCCCAAGAAACUCCAACCGUACGAUCAAGAUCAUCUCACCCCCGUGCCGACCAGUUCUGUGUUUACAACACCGGCUCGGACGAAGAAAUACCGGCUUAUAUCAUCGAAUACAAGGCACCACACAAGCUCACUAAGGGCAUUAUUGAGGCAGGGCUUGUGGAUAUGGAUGUUGGUGAAGUGAUCGAGAAUGUCGAGGAGGGUGAUCCCAUGAAGGUAGCUCGCUGGAGAGUUGCUGCGUGUAUAUCUCAGCCAUUUUCAUAUAUGAUCCGAGCUGGUCUUGAGAACUGCUAUCUAUGCACUGGAGAAGCGUUUAUAUUUCUCCAUGUGGAUCCUGACGAUCCCACCACCGUCUACUAUUAUCUUUCAGUUCCAAAUGAUGAUGUUGGAGAAACCACCGGCUGGGUCAGCGGUUCUAACUGCGAUAAUAGGCUACACCUGACCGCAAUAGGACAGGUGCUGGCUUUCACUCUUCGGGCAUUGAGGACGGCCCCCCACGACCAGAGCUGGCGCAACCGUGCGGAGGCGAUGCUCAAGCAAUGGGAGACUCCACAUGACGAUAUUCUUGAAUCAGAUCUAGAAAAAAGCAGCGAGAAGCUGUCCGAUUACAAGCAGAAUCGAUGGAGCAGAAAUGAAUAUAUACGCAUCUCACCAGUCAAGACACGACUGAAGGGUCUAGCCGCCAGCUCUUCAUGUCGUCCCGCCGAAACGUCAACAAACUGGGAGACCAGCGACGAUGACAGCAGUGGGAAUGGCGGAUACGAUCCCGACAGUCCAAGCACGCGACUUACGGGCCGCCCCUCAAAUAUCAUGGUCGUCAUGCCUCCCCCGAAACCAGGCCAAGGGGGCAGCAAUACACAAUCAAGUGGACAGAAAUACUGCACACAGAAGUGUCUCCUGGGCUUGAUAAGAGGCGGUCUUCUCGAUAAAAAAUGUCCGAAUGUGGCAAGUCAUGGAGGUGGUAAGCGGCAUGCUAUUAAUCAGCAAGAGUUGCUGGAGUCAGCUCGCGCGCAGAUUCUGAGAAAAGAUGAUGGCCCUUUCGGUUGCGAAUCAAUGCACAAGCACGGACUUUCCGCCGCUCUGUUCUCGUUUACUCACUUCAUGCACGGUUAUAGCUUUGUGGCGAAAGGAACCCCUGUUGAGUUUGGAUAUUCCCUGCAUGAAGAAAAGGUAUAUCGAAGCCUGCGAUCUAUUCAGGGUAAACGUGUUCCUGUUUGUCUGGGAAGUGUGGAUAUAUCCAGCCGUCCGCUAUAUUACGACGGUAUUGCAAGAAUUGGUUAUCUACUCUUUCUCAGUCAUGCAGGGAGGCCCAUUAGGUUACAUGAAGGUCUGGGUAUAUCUCAAAGCAUUCGAGAGGCUCUACUGGAUAUUCAUGGUCUUGGGAUUCGACAUUGUGACGCGCACGACGGUAAUAUAUUUUGGAAUGCGGAGAAUAAAGGCGCGAUGAUUAUAGAUUUCGACCGAGCAAGAAUCUCAUCCCAAAAGCGUCUCUUGAGCAAGAGAGUUUCAAAGAAGAGAAAGCGAGAUGAUGCUGCUAUUUUCUCUCGUUGUCUCCCAAAUACACAACCAGCUGCUUCCUAACGAACUUUGACUUCUUUCCUAUGAUGCCAUUGUUACCCCUCCAAGGCGAACCAUGUGAUAUAGACUUGGCGCAUUGAGGGUCAUCUUUCCAUGAAGCCAGGCCUGUCGGCACAGCUCAACCGAUCCAGGCUGGAUACCAUGUGCCCUAAUCUGACCUGUAUUCUUGGGUCUGUAUUUUGUACGGAUAUGGGACUGGAUAUGUCCCAUAACUAAUGGUCUGAAAUGAAUAGGGACCUAUGCCAACAUUUAUGUCUUCUUCCCAGAACCAAUAUGUAUUAGUCCUACUAAAAAUGAAGAGAGGAAAAAGAAGAGGUUUUAUCAAAUUUUAGACGAUAGAUGUACUGGAAGUACACAAGAAGCCGUCCUCCAAACAUGUCAGUCGACUCCAGAGCCAACUCCUUCCACUGCCGUUGAAUCAGAUACCCAGCGUCAUAACCACUCCUUCCAAUAAGAAGCAAAGGGGUACGUCUGCUUAAUUAUGGGAGGCCCCAUGGCAUAAAGGGCCACAGGGCCUAAGGGACCAUAUGGCCAGAGUUAUUUUUAGAGGGUGCUCUAUAGAAAAGUAGAAAAAGCGCUUUUAGGAACGAUGAGGAAUUCAGUGUAUAUGAUUGGAUAAUUUAAACUUUCAACUGUUGCCCUCAUUGAUUGGCUGGAAUUAAAGCUGCUCACAAUAUAUACCUAUCAGUUCUCCCCUCGCUUAUUUUUUUGGACUCUAUUCCUAUCUUUGACUAUUUUUGGAAGGUUUUCGGAUGUUGUUCGUACCGGGGGUGGGUAAACUUUCUUCUAUUUAACUUAGCAAGACAAUAAAUAUAUGGGAUUAAAUUCUGACAUACCAGCGACUCAUUCAAGAGUUGAAAGCUGGUAGUAUUAGAAUCCCUGAAGAAUUCUGCAAUAAAAUACUUGUUUUCAUAGUGGAUGUAGAGAUAAACGUCGGCCUUGCAUUUUUGAAAGUAUUCAUACGCUUUAUUUAUUAAUGUUCUCUUUGUUCGAUUUCGCGCUUGGACAAGGCUGUCUCUCUCUGUCCAUUGACUUGAAGACUUCUCGGGAUCCGAUGGUGACAUGUCUGUUUUCAUGGAUGAGGUUGUAGGCUGGCAUAACUUGAUAGCAGGAGAGAAUGUGUCCUUUUAUAGUUAGAGAAAAGAGCUGGUCUCAAAGAUAGACUUCAUACAUUUCGAUCUAAAUUUAAUACCGACAAGGAUCAAAAUGCGUGGCCCCGUGAAAUGUGUGGCCUGACCCGCAGUGUAUGAGCGCUAACUCUAAUAAAGCACAGGCCCCGAUUUCAAGGGUGAUAAUCACCCUGAUGGUCGACUGGUGGGGCCGUUGAUUUUCAGGUAGUCUAUUUUGGGGUCCAUAGCCAAAGUUUAAUCCAGUUUCUCGGAAGCAUGCAGCGUCAUAGAAAAACUUGGGUUGAAGAGGGAGAUCGGUGCCCAGUGUGGAGCUGUCUACCCACAAGAUGUCCACAGGCACUAUGAGUCUUAUGGCACAAUGUUCAGAAAUCAAGAGACAUUGCUGGUUAUUAGCAAUCUCGCCAUAAUAACAUCACAUGGAAUGCAGUCCUAACUUCUUGUUGUUGCAUUGUUUAACGCCGGAAGACCGUCGUAGGGUCCAGAUCUGAGAAAUACAGCUCUAACAGGUUCACGUUGAACUAGUUAGGGUUGGUACUAUAGUGAAUCCACCAAUCGCCCCUGAGGCGAGUGAUCGAUGACGACAGGUAAAAUGCGCGGUUCAUUAGUGGGGAGGAUGAUGAUCCCUUUGGUGGAGGAUAACCAGAUGAGCGAUCAGACAAGAUGGAGGCCACGCAUAAAUAUGGCCAUCGAUUCUGAAUGAGUGUCAAAAAACAGGAAUUUCUUCACUUCUUUCCCUAACAUCCAGCCAAAAUGCAGAAGUGCAACAGCAAGCGAUGGCUAAUGACACAGAUUUCCCGGAAGAAAUCCUGACUCGGAUAGAAGACCGAUAAGCCCAUUUGAGUCCGUCGGCUCUUGUAGAAGCUUCGAUGUGCCAACGUUCUCGAAACUUUGAUUACGGCCAACAUCACGGCCGCACAGAAGAGCCUCAACGUUUUGAGAAACCAAGUGACCAUCGUACAAGAUCCCGCAAAAAAGGAAACAUAGUGUGGUUAUCCCUGGGCCGGAACCGAUUCCUUCUGCCAUGGGAUUCAUACAUGGAAUGGCACGCAUAACUUCAUUUGAUAUACAUCCCGGAAAUGUCCCAGGGAUUGCACGCAUGAUUUCAUUUAUCUAUGUGCGCUCUACAAAUUAGCAAUGCCCCAGGUAUUGCUCGCAAUGGGUUUAUCCGAUAUGUGUGCUCUAUAUCCCAGAAAUGCCCCAGGGAUAUGCGGCUCUACCCUAAUUAUCCUGUUUGAUUCCUUCCAGCUUGAGACUUGUAUAAAACAAUGAACAUCUCAGCCAAACAAACUACUAUAAUUUCUGAUAACCGAUGUCCUGGGGAAAUAAGAUCAAAGCAUGCUAGUAGGGUUCCUUGGGACAAUCCCAUACGCCAUGCAUUUUUCCGAAAGCCAUGCUUUUGGGUGACUUGAGAGAAUACCGAUAGAUAUCAGAUUUCAAGACAUGAAGAAACCCAAGUAGCCUAACUCGAGAGAUUUGCAGAUACAUGAAGCAAUUGGUUUCAAGUCGACUUUCUUGAAUCACUAUAUUUCACAAAAUUGCUGUCUUAGAUAACUACCGGAUAUAUGCGGAUCUGUAUAUGCAUAACAACUUGAUUAAAAAAACACAGUGCUUGGAUGCGGCGAUCGAAGAUGGCACGAACACCGUCUUCAUGGCAAUUGGCGGGGAGUUGAACGUCGAUGAGAACAUGGUGGCGUCUGCGUCUCAGGUGUUGGACAUUCGAAAACGGCUGAAAUCUAGGGCGUGCGAGGACCCAAGACUCGAGAAUCAACUAGCGGAGGAAGAGGAAGAGCUAUAAAAAAAUAUUGUCCUAAGUGGUAUUCCUAGGUCUCCAUCUUGCUUUUCCCGC